AUGUCCCAGAUAUUCUCUGCCGUAGCCGACCUCGCUCCCGCCUAUGUCCUCUCUUUUCUCAUUCACCAUGAUCGCGAAAGCGCAGAGAGAAUCUUGCCCCCGAAUGCCUUGUCCGUUCUUGCACCAGACAUUCCUGCUACCAUCACUGUGAUCGCAGCAGAUAAAAAGGUCACCGUCACAAUGACUCUCCCUGAUGGCUCCCAAUUUACCGGAACUUGGAACUUCGUGCGUCCAGGCGCAAAAUUCAAGGAUAUCCAUAACGUAAAAGGGACCCUCUUCACAAGGUCACCUAAGUCUACCUUCAUAGGCCCAACAGAAUUUUGGAUUCAACAAUACCCACCGGCUCUUCUGGGUGAGGAAACUGGUCGCACUGUCGUCGAGUUCUAUGCAAACAAUGUUAUCACUGGCGUCUUCAAAACGGACAAUGACAACUUCGGUGCAGGUGGAAAUGGUGAAUGGGUUCCCUUCAAUUGA